AUGGACAUCGACGAUGAAUUCGUUUCAAUUGGUCGAUCUAUCGACAUUGAACUUGGCAGUCACGAAGUUAUUACCAUCGACCUCGACAACCUUGAUUCUAAUCCAGAAGACGUUCUUGAACUCCUGAGGGAUGGCCAAUGUAGAGUGUGGGUCUGGACAAAGCUGACUGGUGAAUAUUGGAGAAGUGGAUUUUCGUUCAAAAUGAACGGAAAGGCGGCAUUGCUGCCUCCAAUCUACUCCUUGCUUGCAAACAUUCAAAUUGAUCAUUCUCGGAGAGCUCCGAAGCUAAUUCUACCUAAUGCUCGUGAGGACAUAAUGACCAACCAAAAAUCCAACGAAGAAUACCAUAGAGAAGCUGCGUCUCUGAUCAAUGCUGCAUCUACUUCUGCAUCGGAGGCGAGCCAGUCAGGAGAACCAGCAAUCAGCACGGAACUCGCAUUCCUAACUCGCGGCACGUUUUCCAGUGGUAUCCAACAACUUGCCACGGGUCACAUGAACAAGGAAUUGUGUUCGUUCAAAGACGUGCUCGCAACGAAACCUACCAAACUCGUUGCGCUACUUGGUAAGGUCCCUCCCUUCGAGUCACUAUCCUCGUCUCAGGAUUGCAUUAUGCUUCUGCGCUAUCAAGCUAAAGCCAAGGUGGCCUGGGAACGCAGCUUGGAACUUAUUCCUUCGGAUUGGACUGCACAACUACUACUUGACUGGGAGUCACUGAAUUCCAGCAAAGACGGCCAUCUCAAGGAAGAAGAGCAGGCACGCUUAUUUCUCAGUGGGACUCAAUUGAUCGAGAAGGCAUUCAAUGCCAAUCAGAAAAACAAAGGAGAGUUGAAACGAGCGCUCAAACUUGCUGAAAGGACCAUUCAAUUCGCUCAUACCUUGCCCCUUCUCACAGAAGGUCAUUUACGCGCAGGACGGGUUUUGCAUGCUGAAGGCAACUUCCUAGCUGCUACACCGUACUAUUCCUCAGCAACUGAAGGUCAAUUGAAGCACGUACUUGCUGCAAUUGGGCUUGCUCAAAUGCCGAUGAACAAUGGUAGGAAUCCGCAAUUUCUUCGUUUCUUCAGACUGAUUAAGAUUGAUCUAGACGAGCCGGGUGGUGCUAUCAAAACUCUAAACAACGUUUUGCAGGCUCCGAAUCCUCAGGAGUCGCUCGAAGCUACUAUGAAAGAAAAAAUGGAAGCUCUUCGGAAGGAAGCCGAGAAGUUGGCACAAGAACGGCGAUUGGCUAGGGAACAGGCUCUUGAAUGGACGCGUGAGGCACGAAUGAACGAAAGUGAGGAGGAGAAGGAGAAAAGCCCGAAGAAGGCUAAAAAGUCCACAGGUGAUGGAACCGGUAGCGGUGACGAGGGUAAAAUCAGGAAAGCCAAUGGCGAACCUACUGAGGAAGGUGAAAAGCCCGCAACCGUAUUUUUAGGCGAGGAUGAGGCUGAGAGGCCUACAAAGAAGCCCACGAAAAAACGGGUUGUCGGAGACCAUAAUGAAGACGAAGUGCAGACAGGUCCUCAACGUAAAAAGCAGUUGUAA